GGCGCACGGAGCGGCGCGAGCCGGUGGCCGAGCCAGGCUGGCGCCCGCGCCCCCCACCGCACCCCCGCCGUCUUCCGCCGCGCAGCCCACGGGGUGCCCUUCCCGCUGCACCGGCUCCUGCACCCGGGCCUCCGGUCGUGGUGUUGUCUCCCUCCGCUCCGCCGUCCUGCUCCGUCCAGCCCCGGCCGCCCGGCUCCCGCAGGCCCCAUCGCCCGCGUUCCUAUGGACAGACGCAUAGACACCUGCCGGAAAGACACUACUGAUCCUGUAACAUGGAGGAUUGUCUUCAUACCUCAUCUGAGAAUCUGUCCAAAUUGGUCAGCUGGGCCCACAGCCAUGGGACCAUUUGCAGCCUCAUUCCAAACCUGAAACACUUGCUUUCUGAAGGUUCCCAUGGGAACCUGACUGCAAUGUGGGGCUGUAGUGCUGGCCAUGCUUACCACUGGCCACUAACAGCUACUUGCAGAGCUGGGUCCCAAGAGAGGGUUUGUUUCCAGGACAACCGAAGUUUUAAUUCUGAUAGUCCCAGUAUAAUUGGGGUGCCUUCUGAGACACAGACUAGCCCUGUGGAAAGAUACCCUGGGAGACCCGUGAAGGCAAAGCUGGACUGUAGCCGAACCAGAGACUCUUGUGACUUCUCUUACUGCAGUGAGCCCUCUGAACUGGAUGAAGCUGUUGAGGAGUAUGAAGAUGAAAACACACUGUUUGACAUGGUUUGCGAGUCUUCUGUUACAGAUGAAGACAGUGAUUUUGAACCCCAAACCCAGAGGCCUCAAAGUAUUGCUCGUAAAAGGCCAGGAAUAGUCCCAUCUUCCAUCCAUUCAAGUUCCCAGGGACAGAUGGUUGAUGAGUGCAGUAGUGAUGUCAUCAUCAAGAAAAUCAAGCAAGAGAUUCCUGAAGAUUAUUACAUUGUGGCAAAUGCAGAGCUGACUGGAGGAGUAGAUGGACCAGCCCUUUCCUUGACACAGAUGGCAAAGCCCAAGCCUCAAACUCAUGCUGGUCCCUCCUGUGUAGGGUCUGCUAAACUGAUUCCCCAUCUAACAUCUGCCAUCAGUGCAGAGCUAGACCCACACAUUAUGUCAGCAUCCCCCUCUGUGAUCUCCAGACCAAUCAUCCCAAAGACUGCUAGGGUAUCUCUGGCUUCACCCAACAGAGGACCCUCUGGUGCCCAUGGCACUACCCACCAGGUGACCAUGCAGAUGCCUGUGAGCACAUCACAUCCUAACAAACAGAUCAGUAUCCCUUUGUCUGCCCUUCAACUGCCUGGACAGGAUGAACAAGUGGCUUCAGAGGAGUUCCUGCCCCAUUUGCCUAGCCAGGUCUCAUCUUGUGAGGUAGCCCUUUCUCCCUCAAUGAACACAGAGCCUGAAGUGAGCUCCAGUCAACAGCAGCCUCCUGUUGCUCCAACCAUAACCACUGAAGCCACUGCACAGUGCAUUCCAGACCAGGAUGAAAGAGCAGCUGAGCUCAGCAGAGAGCAGAAUGAGAAAACCAUCCGGAGCACACAGACAGCGCUCCGCAAUUUCCGGGAGUUCCUCAUCUCCAAGUACCCUUCCGAAACCAGAGAGAUCUAUGUCAUCCCUUGCAAGGAGCUAGAUGCCUACCUUGCCUCCUUCUUCGUGGAUGCCAGGCAGAAGGAUGGGUCUGAGUAUGAACCCAACAGCUUGGCGAAUUACCAGUGUGGGCUGGAACGGUACCUGAAAGAGCACAGGUAUGGCUACAGCAUCACCAGGGAUAAGGAGUUCAAGCGGUCCCAGGAGGCCCUGAAACAGAAGCAGAUUGAGCUCCGCUGCAAAGGAAAGGGAAACAAGCCUCACAAGUCCAUGAAACUCACGUUUGCCGAUGAGCUCAUAUUGCGGAAGAGGGGACUGCUGAGCAGAUAUAACCCCGAGGGUCUACUCAACCUUGUCUGGCUCAACAAUACAAAAGCAUUUGGGCACUGCACAGGCUUCCAUGGAUCCACCUUGAAAUGGGGCGAUAUCCGGCUCCGCGUCACAGAAACUGGACUGGAGUAUUUGGAAUGGAUGGGUCAGGACACCAGUGAUCUGAAUGCCAAAACCAAGAGAGGAGGGACAGACUCACGAGUUUAUGCCACUCAGCAUGCCCCACAGACCUGCCCGGUGCAGGACUAUAAGGAGUAUGCCCAGCGGAGGCCUCCUGCGAUGCGCUAUGAGGAUGCCCCCUUCUACUUGUCCAUCAAGCCAGUUGUGAACUUGGCAGCUCUGCAUUGGUACAAUUGCCAGGCCCUUGGCAAGAACAAGCUAGCCAAGAUGGUGAAGACCAUGUGCGAGAAGGGCAACAUCCCCGGCAGGAAAACCAACUUCAGUGUCUACCAGAGCUGUAGCACCUUGUCCGAGGCCCAGAGCAACCAGCUAGUGCUCAUCUGCAACAACUUGAGCCAGCAGGCUGCCCAGUCGGUGGCUGGCCACUCCACCAAUGGCAAUUUCAUUGUCUCUUAUGACUCUUCCUCAGACACGGCUUGACCAGGUGGCUUGCUCAAGACGUCACUUCACUUCAGUGUCCGUGUUCCAUGAAACCAUCAUUGUAUACUGCAUUUCGUCGCCUUUCACGUGCCCUCAGUGUUAACUUUAUAAAAUGCAAAUCUAUAUUUUUUCUUUUUACAGAUAAGCCAAUGGCAAUAGUUUGGUAUCACUAACAGUAUUUAUAGGCUUGAGACAAAUAAGUGUGCUUGUGGUUGAUUUCAUAUAAUUGCUGUUACAGACUUGGCAAAACCAUAGUGGUUCUCAGGCAACAGUAGAGGAAGAAUUCCGUUUUUAAAGAAAGUCAGAAAGGCAAUCGUGAGUCAUUCAAGACUCUGUUCUCACUCCUCGUCCUUGCCUCCUUCUGCUUUUAAUCUCCUUCAUAGAUGAAUUUAUUUUUUUAAUUUUUAAAAAUUCUUUAUGAAUUUCACGCAGAAUGUUGCUGAGCCAGAGCAGAUCCUGAAAAGGGGUAUCAUAAGCUCAACAUCAAGUUAUUUACAUACAUUUUUUAGUAUAGAGUUUUAGCUCCUGAACCUCAUUUUCCACCAUAUAUGGAGAUCCCAAUGCUUAAAGUGUUUUUCUUUGAGGGGGGUGGAAGGAGGAUUAAAGGUGCCAUUCUUUUUUUUGCAAGAUGUCUCAUUUUUAAAUAAUAUGCAAAGUCUGAUACUGGGGGAUGGGAGGAGACUGUUACAUAGGUCAUUUUUAGUGGUGUGAUUGGACCUGCAUAAAAUUUUUCCCUAAGUAAGUGUAAAUGAGUCUGAUCAUCAGAUAUACAUGAAAUUUUAAACUUUCAAAAAUUUUGAAAAUAUUUCCAAGUGUUAGAUUGUAUAUCAGCAUAAAAGAGAAGAUAGAAAAUGAGGCCCCACUAACAAUGUGGCUACACUGCUGGAGACAACAACCUGCAGUACUGUUAGAGUUUCUCAGCAUUACAGCCGGCUCUUCUCCCUAGGGGAGCUGACACCCAUUUUCAAUCACAAUAUUUUGUUACCAGGCUUAGCAGAAUUCAAGGCAUUCUUGAGUUUCUUCUCAAAUAAUAGAAAUGUAUUUAUCUGUGGUAUUCUGUAGGUAGAAUAAUUUUGUGGUGUUUGCUCCAGUCUUUGUUUUCACAAGUCUUGAAAACUAGUAAAAUAUUAGUUAAAACAGUUCAAAAUUCAAAAGAAUUUAGACAUUUGAGCCACAGUAAGACUGAGUUGGGUUCCUUCCCAUCCUGUGCAAACAGUAAUAACUAAGAACUCUAAAAACCAUCAUUGGUUUGUCACAACCGAGCACCCUGUUGGGGAGGGGUUUAUUCUUCAAUCCAACCUUAUAACUCACAUUAACUUGGAAGGUAGGUGGUAUUUUAUUAUCAUCUGAUACAAAAGGAAGAACAUUUUUAUCACAGAGCCAAGUUUUCCCAUGGCUAGGUGGCUCUUUGCAUCAAUACAUAGUAAGCACAUAGAGCUUUUCUUCUAGACUGUGAUCUAUAGUGUAGACGUGGCUGGUCUGCCUGGGGCAUUGGUGGGUAGAAGGAACAUCAUGAGCUUGUCCUUCCGAGAGAGGCAUUGUUAAGAAAAGAUGUAUAAAUUUCUAUACAAGUAUUAUCUAAAUCCUCUGAGCAACCUUAAAAAGAAAAUCAAGUUAUCCUCGUUUUAUGGUGAAAUCAUAAGUCAGUUAGAUGAAGAAAGAGUCUGUCUUCUCACCGCAGGCUUUUUGUAUUCACCCUUUUCAGUAUAAGCUAGUUGUUGGUUUGGGUGUUUUGAGCUAGAAAUGGGAACAGCAUCUUUCUAUUGCCAAAGGCUAUCUAGUUUAAAGGAAUGCUGGGAUGUUUCAUGGUUGCACACUGACCUCUAACCCAUCUCCCCAUUGCCUCUGUUUAAACACACAGCUGCUUUCUUCCAGUUCCUCUGCAAACCCUUCCCACUCUUGGAGUCAGACCCAGCAUAAAGGAACUUUUUUAAAGGUUAUUUAUUUUUAUGUGGCAUACCUGUCAUUUUUUAUCAUCAUAAUUUUUAAGUCCUCAAUCAUGUUGGAAGCAGAGUUGAACUGAGAGGAUAGAACUAGGGGAGUCUGCGUCCCUGCUGGUGUUCUGGAGUACUGACAGGAGCAUCUGCCCUACCUAAUCUGCACUACCUUCUCAUCAAGACAAUUACAUCAAUAAUGUGAAUUACUUUUAUUUACUUAUGUUUUGCUGUGAUAACUAACCAGAUAGGAACACUGUGAUAUUUAGAUUAAAACAACUUUUCGAAAAAUGGCUUACUAGAAGAAGCAUAGCCAAUUAAGAACUUCUUUAAGUUAUAAAAAGUUCAUGACUACCUCUAAAUUUUGUAUUUUUAUCUAAACAAUACUGAGGACACACCACUGCCAGAUGUCUUUUUUAUUACUUGGAAUUUUAACUUAGAAAACUUACUCCACUCCGUGGCAGAGGUGCACACCAACGUUUAUCAUGCUUAUUAGAGCUAAUAUGAAAUGUUUCAUAUGUAAUAUGUGUCCACUAUUAAAUAUUUAUCUUAAAAUUUCCCUGUUCAUUCAUUUUCUCUUAAGUUAUUGUGUUGUGUUCUGUUUACUACAGGGUUUCACCACAUAGUCUAUCCUAACCCUCUUCCCUCCAUAUCCGGAGUGCUGGGAUACAGGAAAGCAGCACUGUAUAGAGUUCAUUUCCCUAAAUUAAAGUAUUACCUGAACUACAAUAUAUUGCCUGCAUCUUUUCUGGUGUAGACUAAAGUCUCUGGUUUUUUAGUUACGCUUUUAUUACUGCAAACUCUGGCAUUAACUAACAUCCAGAGCCAUAAUAUCAGUGAAUCUACUGAGAUGAAAAUUUAUGGCUACAUAGGCAAAUAUUUAUUGAAUAUCAAGUUGAUGGGAAGUCUAUAAAGAUGUAUAAAAUUCUUCCUGUUCUCAAAGAAAGUGUAAAGGCACUGUAAUAAAGUUCUACUUUUGAGAGCCCAGCGCCCUCAAAUCUCCGUGCUUACCUAUUCUGCAUUUCCUUUCUCACUUCGUACUCCUGCAGUUACUGAAGUCAUUGGAUAUUCCAGUUUGCAGCAGAGUGUAUCCCAGUUCUUGGAGAAUUUUUUUAAUUAUUUUUAUUUUUUGUGCAUUGGUGUUUUGUAUAUCUGUGUGAGGGUGUCAUGUCCCUUAGAACUGAACUUACAGACAGCUCUUACCCACUGAGCCAUCUCUGUGAUUUGUUUUUUAAGAGAUGUCACUCAUCUUGUCCCAUUUAUAUUUAGUUUUCAACUAUAAGUGGGGAGGCAAACUAACCCAAAUCUCUAGAUAUUGGACUCCAGUUGCAGACCAUGGACCAAAGGGAAUUAUUGUUUUCAUGGGCAUUCUCCGUUAAAUCCAGAUCUACUACUGGAUCCAUGUUAUUGGUUUGAGAUACAGUUUGUACUGUUUGACAGUUUGAAACAUACCUUUAGUCAAAGGAUUAAAAUUUUAUCAACAUAAUUAAGAUUUCCUUAAGUGAAUUUAUUUAGUGGUUUAAAAAAAAGGCUAGGUAAAAUAGUAGCCCAUACUAAUAGCAGGGAGAUUAGAAAUGCAAAAUGGGUUUCUUGUAUUAUCUUGACUUUUCUUCUGAAAAGGAAGCCAGGCAUAAGAAAUCUCACAGACAUAAUUUGCAAAUUAUAUUUAUCAGAAUCAGUGGAGACAAUGUCAAAUUUUAAGGUUUUUUUUUAAGAGUGCAGUGUAUUUACUUGUCUUUUUAUGAAAUGUCUGUCUUGGUAUGACACUGGAAUUAGCAUUUUUACCGUUUUGCAUUUACUUCAGUGGGAACUUUGAGAAGUGUACUCUUUUGUGGUAGAUAGAAUUAGGAAAGCAUCAGUGAUGUAGAACCCUAACAGUUAUUGUGCAUACGGUGUUUUAGUGGCUGUUGAUUCUCUGUGUUAUUACAUUUUAUAACUCACAUACCUACAAUACUUUACUAUUAAUUUAUAAUUGAUUAUUUAUAUUGGAUGUCCAUAUUUAGUAUUAGUCCAGCCCCAUUAAAUUUAUCUAACUGAACUUUUAUACCAAUAACCUAUUAUGUUACACUUUUAAAAUAGCAUUUAUAACUAUAAAACUUUUACUUUAUAAAGCAUUUGUUAUAAAAAAAAUUGCCAAAACCCAUUACAAUUUCUAUGCAUUGUGAGAUAAUUGAGUGACUUCUGAGGUUUGCAUGUUGUUCUAGAUGCUCGUUCGUGGUGUUUAUGACAUUGCUCUGGAAUCAUUAACCGUCACUGCUAUCACUUCCUAUAGUUAGACUGUGCCGCCCACAUGUGUGUGUGUGUGGCUUGAGAAAGUAAGUACUUCUUUUGAGCCAGUAGUGGCCUCUACAGAAGGAAAUGCAGUUGUUAUACAGUGCCAAACUAUUAUUUCAUGUGUAUCAUUCCAGUCUAAAGAGCUUUCCUUCCACACACCUUCAAAAAAGGAAAGCAAGA